AUGUGGGCUUCACCUCGUUAUGCAAUCUACAUACUUAUGCUACUUGACGAACUUUGUACAAAGCAGAGAGAAGAUAUGAUGAAAGAAGACAAAAGCAUACAGAAAAGAAUACCGCGUUCAGUACCAAAAGGAAAGGAAAAGAGUUAUAAGUAUAUGAUUUACACUGAAGAGAUGGAGAAAGAAGAAGAUAAAGAUAUGGUUAUGUUACAUUUAGUCAGAAGAAACAACAAGAGCUUUUAUGACCUCGCUAAAAUAUAUAAAUCUGACAGAAACUGGUUCUAUCGUGAAAACUUACCGAUUUCAAUGACACCGAAUGAGCAAAUAAAAGAAAUUGUCAAAAAUACUCUUCCUCAAACACACUAUGACAUCAAAGGUUGCACAAUACUUACAUUCAAAGAAGACUUAACAUUACUGAAGGAAAAAAUAACAGAAUAUUUCGAUAACUUCAAAGAGGAAGAAUGA